AGCCUCUUUGUGUGUUGUCACCGUAUAUAAGACAUUUCUGCCGCAGUUUCUUUCUUUGGAAUAAUGUCGGCUGAAUAUGAUAAUAGGUGAGGAAACCUUUUUUAUUGUUACGUGAUUAAAAAGCGAGAAGAGUGUAUCAUGUUUUUCGAUGCUGAUACAUAAGUUGUUAUAGAUGAGAGAAAGAUGAAGAUGUAAAGGGGAGCAUACUCACGUCGCGUUUCUAUACUUGAGAAAGCACCGGGCUUUCCAACGGCUAGCUUUUAGCUAAUGUUAGCCGUCUAAUUGUCCUGUUCUUUGAAUAAACUAAGCGAUAUGUAGUGGCAUUGGUAGUGGUUUUAAUCCGUGUUAUGACAUGAAAUUAUUGUUCAUCUUCAAGUUAUUGUCGGCACGAAUGUAAACGGUCGUUACCUAACAGGAGUAUAAAAUCCAACCGGCGCCUCCGGUAGCACGUGAACGCGCGUCUGACAAGGCCUUCCUUCUUCACAUUUAACUAAUUUCUUACCGUUAAAGCUAUAUAUGUCAUCACAAACUGCGUUGCCAGUGGCAAAUCUCCUUCUCGUCACUCGAUGAGGAGUGAAUAGAUGAUGUGUAGUUAUUACUUUUCUUAGAUUUGAUCCUAUUUCAAUUUUAGACUUGCGCACAUGGUCGUGGUGAGCGGCUAGGACAAUGCCGGUAGAGUAGGCCGCUGUUAAGCGCCUCGCUGACGCGGAGCAAACGAACUGUCGCUUACCGUUCAUUGUGUAAUGCAAGCGGUCGAUUCGCUUCUGAGAGCGAAGCGAAAUGAGUCGAUAGCGACAGCUGUCUUCCUCGGUUGGUUUUCUAUAUAAAGAAUACCGUGGAGUGUGGUUUGGAAAUAAUUAUAAGGAGGGUCAUGGUUCAUGUAAAAAAGUUACAUAAAAUCGUCGUAGAUCAACGCGGAAAUGUCGGACGCGCACUCGGGCGAACUGGCUUCGUGCGCAACCUAUUACAAGCCUUCCCUCUCUUUAUGCCCAACGUCUACGCCAAAUAACUACCCCACAGACAAAUGCAUUUUGUUUCUGCGAUCUGAACGUGAAAAGGUUUUGCUGACUUGGCAAGUGUGAUAAAAGGUCACAAAGCGAAGCAGGGCCUGUAGGCUAACAUGUUAGCGGGCCGAUGCUAACUUACAGUUGAUUGAGUAUGUGACGGUUCAUCGCCAUUUUCCCGUUUUAAAAACGCUCGGAUUCGACUUUCCGCGGCUUAAUACGGUUGCAACUGGUAAAACUAAGUCAAAAAUGGAAAUGUGUUAAUAGAUGUGUGAGCCAGCUGCUUUACUGUCACCGUGGCUCGGAGACUCGCGUAGACUCAGCCUGAUGAAGAAACGACCAUCUUGAAUAAAUGUGGUAGAAAUGGCGGACUGUGAAAAGGCGUCUGCUCUCUGUCACGGGGGUGAAAAGGAUUAACAAGUUUUUACUGUUAAACUAAAGGCUUAGAUAAUAUGAGGGCUCUGAAAUUCGGUUAAUUGAGCAUAAAAUAAGCGUUUAUAUCGUUUCACUUUGUUAGAUGGGCAUAUAGAUGUAAAAAGUGAAGUCGUGCUGUCUGUGGAAAUGAAACGUUGAGAUUUAAUAUUAACAUCUUAGUUUUUUGUGUCUCUUCCUUAAACCAAUAGGAAAAAAAAUAAUUACCAAUAUCUUAGGCAGCAUCUCAUUACUGCGAAUCUUUUUUAAAUACAAGAGAAAAUAGUUUUUUUGUGAAUGUGUAUGUUCUUGAAUAAGGUGGUGAGGAGUAAAACACUGACUUUAUUGUCUUUGUCAUUCAGAGACAAUGGCCCCGAGGGCAUGGAGCCAGAUGGCAUCAUUGAGGUGAGUCUUCUUAACCUGGAAAUUAGGGUCAUAAAACCAGGGCUGGAAAGUAACUGUAUUUGCUCAUGUUACUGUGAUGGAGCAGCUUUUCAAUUGGCAGAAUUUUGUAUCAUAUUGACCUCUUUCUCCUUUUUAGCUUUGUUUUUAACUGGCCCCUCUUAUCUCUUCACUCUGCAGAGCAACUGGAAUCAGAUCACGGACAGCUUCGAUGAGAUGAACCUGCGCGAGACCCUUCUCAGGGGAAUUUAUGCUUAUGGUUUUGAGAAGCCCUCUGCCAUCCAGCAGAGAGCCAUUAUCCCUUGUAUCAAGGGUGAGUUUAAAGAAACCUCCAUAUGACCUUUUUAUAUACUAGAAGAAUGUUGUCUAAAUAUUUACUCCAGUAAAGGCACAGUGAUGCUUAAAAUGCCACUGUACAGAUGAGAAAUGUCAGUGUAUCCGCUGUUAUCAGCUCUUUACAGAAGGGAGGUGACUGUGGAGGGACUCAAGAGGGUCUGGUAUUUGCCCCACAGUAGCACAGUAUAUAUUAUAUAUGUUGUUGUCCUAUUAGAGAUGUGUGUGUUUGAACUCUGCUAAGCCUGAACUGUUUGCAACAGAUUCUGAAGCUAUUGGGCUGUUAUCUCAGUUAAGUUUUUGAAUUCCUGAUGAAGUUCCCCAUUAAAGACAAACCUUCAAACUUCAGCCAUUUUCAAAGACAAACAUGCUGCUAUUGUUGAAAUCUUGCCUGAAGUUUUCACCCAUCUGAUAUUUGCUUGUCUUUUGAAGGUUAUGAUGUGAUCGCUCAGGCCCAGUCUGGCACUGGGAAGACUGCCACCUUUGCCAUCUCCAUCCUCCAGCAGAUCGAUGUGGACCUGAAAGAAACCCAGGCUCUGGUCCUGGCUCCUACCAGGGAGCUGGCUCAGCAGGUAAACUUUCUAACAGACAUUGGAAAUCCUACAAAGACGCAGAGAUUGAGUGUGUUGUCUGCUUCUAUUACUACAAUACAACCUUUUCUAAGUACAAGCCCUCACAGAGAGCACCAGUCUCUAGUUUGAGCUAGAAUAUCAUCAUAAAACCCUCAACUCUCAGAAUAGCCUGGUCAUGGUCAUGUUUUCGGUAUUUGCUUAACCUCAGUAUUAAUCAGUGUUGAGCCUUAACUGAUGGUUAGACUGUGUCUGAAACAACCAAGAGACCACUUAGAUGAAUGUUAUGUAUGAGCUAUAAUUGCCUUAGAUUGAUGCAGCAUUAUAAGGAAUGAUGAGGGAUCAUUUAGUGAAGCAGCAGGAUUAAAGAGUCAUCCUGCAUCUUUGUAUCAUUUAUAGGAUUUAAUAAUGAGCCGAAGUGUUCCUGUUUUAAAGGUUACAGUCAAGUGACUGUUUUGGCUCCUGCGCUGUGAUAGAAUGUAUUCAUGUUCAGAUACUGAACUUUGAAACCACCCUGACAGAUCAUAACUCACAACUGCAAUAAUUUGGCUGUGAGGUGUGGCUGAAAAUAAACAGGCCUGGUGGGAGCCUCUGAUUCUGUGUAGAUACUUUCUUUAUUGAAGGUCAAAACUAAGACAUAGAACUACCUUAUUUAUUUAUUUAUUUAUUUAUUUUUAAAUAAAACAAUAAAAUGCAUUUACCACAGUUUAAAUAAACCAGCAGAAUUUGUCAUUUGGCUUACUUGAAAAAAAUUGUAAGUCCUUUUUUUAGUAGAAAAUGACACGCAAGUUUGUUAAAGAUGAUGAAAUAAGAGUCAAACUGGUGCUUUUUUCCAGUGUGCAGACAUGGUGUCUGAAUAUUAAUGGUUCCAACAAUCAAAGCGUUCGUUUGCUGUAUGAUGAUGAAACCCAUGCGUGUCAGCUGACUCUGUAAACUCCGGCUGUGCUGUUGUUCUAGUUGGCGUUCUGUUGGCUUGAGUCAUCAGCGCAGCAGGGGUCCAGAGACGUGAUCAUACAUCACUAUUUCUGAAUACAGCACACUUUCAGCUUCAUGACAGGUUUUGUCGAUCAUUUGACCAAUAACUACAGAUAAAUUUACAGUCUUAGUCUUAGGCAACACACAUUUUCCUGUUUUUUUGUGUCUUUGAGCUAACAUGUUGAAUGUUGGCAAACAUAAAACAAAAAAGGUUUUUGUGUGUAAUUCCAACAGAUACUCAGAUUUUGCACCACAGGGAAGUUGAUUUUAUUUUCACUGUUAUUGGGUAUGCCGUAUGCAUAGUCCAUAAAUACACACUGCAGUCAAAUAGCCAUAAUGUAGAAAUGUCAAAGAGGCGACUGCACAUGAACCAGCACCUGUGUAGUCAAUGGUUCAAUGCAUUGCGCAGAGGCACCUCAGCAGUGCCUGAGAAGUGAACCAGCCACCUCUGCAAACACUCAAAGUUGUGAUGCUGUUGCACACACCUGGUCAGAAUUGAAUUAUCUCGGGACCAGCUCUAUUAUAACUUGUGAGGAUUCUGGCUCUUUGAAUCGUGGUGAGCAGCAUCUCAGUUAAAGGUGCUGUCAGUGACUCAGCAGGUCACUUAUAUAAACAGUCAGAUUUGGAAACUGAUGAAACCUGUAAUAGCUGAAAAGCCUGAAAUAUUCCAGUUCUGAUAAACUUCAGCUGUUAGUAGCUGUGAUUCAGAUAAAGAGAUCAGUCAAUAUUUUGAUACAGUUAAGCAGCCAGAUCGGUCUGGAGUUAAGGGCCUGUGUCUUAGACUUGGACACAACUUCUGACUCCAUAAACACAGUUUGGUUCUAGCACCCUUACUACCUGGAUGCAGAUGCAGGCAUGGUAGGAGACAAAAAAAAGUAAACUAAUGUAGUCACUCCUGAUUAAUAACGACAGGUAAAAUUACAGUCUGUUAGUCUUGGCUUACAGGGCGCUGCCUGAAGCCUGCAGGGACUAUCAGGAGUUGGAAUCAUUCUAGGCAAGUUAUGAAAACCAGUCACACAAGUUUUCACAAGGUUUUAUAUUCAGGUACGCAGCUGCUACAUUUUGUACACCACUAUGUCUUCAGUAGCUUUUUAAAUGUACUUUUUGGGGCAAACGGACCAAAACUCAAUAGUCGCCGCAGAUAAAUUUAGCAACCCUGAAAGAUAGCUCUGUUGAGAAAGUCAUUGAAUUUGAGAUUGUUGGUACAGACAGAGGCUCCACACUACUGCCAAAGAUGAUGUCAGGGGAAAAUUAGCCAAGGAAGACAGACACAAAAACUCUUCAGUUACCAUAUCAAAAUUCAGUCAUUCAGCCUUUCGGUGUGACACUAUGGUUUAGAUAUCUGAGUUGGCUCUAAUUAUUGCCUCUAUUGCUGUUUUUUUUCUGCAGAUCCAGAAGGUGGUGCUGGCUCUUGGUGACUACAUGGGGGCCAUAUGCUAUGCCUGCAUUGGAGGAACCAGCAUCCGUGACGCAGUCCAGAAGCUGCAGGCUGAGAGUCCCCACAUCGUUGUGGGAACUCCUGGCCGUGUGUACGACAUGCUGAACCGUGGAAAUCUCUGUAAGUCAACAAUACUUAGUCUGAUAAACACAGACAGGAGAUGAAUCAGACAUGAGGUCAACUUUGAGUUUUUAAGGGAUCCAGAGUGCAAAGUCUUACUUGAUCUGGCCACUUCAGGCAGCUUCAUUACUCAGCAGAUAAGUUAGAUAGUUAUAUUUUGGUACUAUGAAACAUCCCUUUUUAGUCUGUCCAAUUUGAAGAACUUGCUGUGUGAUGAUGAAACCCAUGCGUGUCAACUGACUCUGUAAACUCCGGCUGUGCUGGCGCUCAGGUCGGCGUUCUGUCUGCUCGAGUCGCUGGCACAGCAGGGGUCCAGAGACAUGAUCAUACAUCACUAUUUCUGAAUGCAGCACAAGGAAAGAGACUAAAGCAGAAUAGUGCGAUGAGACACGUGUUGGAUUUAGAGAGAAGGAAAUGAAACCACAAUGUGGGGAAAGUUCAGGUGCUGCAGGAAAUGGUGCAGAAAAUAUGAAUAGAAUCAUAACCUUUUAUCUUGAAAAUAGUGCAAAUACAACAAGAGAUGCUUGUUGAGAUUCCUCUGAAACAACCUCACUGAAGGAUGAUUCCUAAAUUAUACUUUCACAUUUUUCUGCAGCUUCCAAGCACAUUAAGAUCUUUGUGCUGGAUGAAGCCGAUGAGAUGCUCAGUCGAGGGUUCAAGGACCAAAUCUACGACAUCUUUAGGAAGCUGAUCAGCAGCGCGCAGGUGAGACAAGCCUACGAUUCUGUCACAUUCGAAGAAAGAUGAAGAACUUCCUUCAAAAAACCUGAUACCCCUUUUUCUUUACUUUUUGAGUAAAUUUGUAGAAAAUGAUAUUUUCAAGUGCUUUGAAUCAGCACAUAUUGAACUGUAAAUAGUCUUUGAGUUUUCAAAGUUGAAGAACAUGUCAGUUUAGAUUUUGAGCAGCCCUCUCCCUGGUGGUGCUUCCACAGGUUGUCCUCCUGUCUGCCACCAUGCCGGCUGACGUGCUGGAGGUCACAAAGAAGUUCAUGCGUGAUCCUGUGAGGAUCCUGGUGAAGAAGGAAGAGCUGACCCUCGAGGGUAUCCGUCAGUUCUACAUCAAUGUGGAGAAAGAGGUACACAGAUAUUCCCAUGUUCAAACUGACAGCCCAGACUUAGUUUGCUGCCUCGAUGGUUAAAAUAAGUCACUGAAAAGUUCUGGAGUCUAAAGUUUGUCCUCCCAUCCUUCUUCUGUCUUAGGAGUGGAAGCUGGACACACUGUGUGAUCUGUACGAGACACUGACCAUCACACAGGCUGUAAUCUUCAUCAACACGAGGAGGAAAGUGGACUGGCUCACAGAGAAGAUGCACGCCAGAGACUUCACCGUCUCUGCUCUGGUGAGAAACUCACACUUAUCCUCAUUCCUACUUAAUUUAAAUCAUUUUCCAGCUCACACCACAAACCCUCUAGCAUCAUACCAUCAGGGUUUUGGAUUAACAGUCAUUAUUCUCUGAUGGAUUUGACCACACAGAUAAGCCUCUGGGUGUUUUUCACCUGUGGGUUUGUGACGUGUCGCAGCAUCUGUUUCGGCAGUUUUGGUCGAUAUAAGUAGUUGAGUUGGUUUUUGCAUUUUCAACAAAAAGAAGUCAAAUCUUAGUGGCUUCACAAACUUCGCCAAAAAAAAAUGCCCCUUUUACUCAUAUGUUGUGGUUCUGUUUUUCAGCACGGAGACAUGGACCAGAAAGAGAGAGACCUGAUCAUGAGGGAGUUCCGCUCCGGCUCCAGUCGAGUCCUCAUCACCACUGACCUGCUCGUACGUUCACUCCUAUAUUCCAGUGUCAGAGUUCAGGGUCCAGGGUUCCCUCUCCUCCCAGCUGCAGUGUUGGUGAAGGACUGAUUGUUCCUUGGUAGAGAAGCUGUCUGCCCUCCACUGUGACCAGGUCUAAAGUCCUGGAACCACAACUAAUUGGCAGAUUACACCUGAUCUUGUCAAAUUUUAGAUUUCCAUGUCGGAGGGGGCUUUUUAUGAGAUUGGACUGAAACAUCAACAAUCUUUUGAAAUGUUUAAAAGUUACUUUGUUUUGGGAGGUGAUAUAGCAGAGUUGGUACUACACUCAUGUAUGAACACUGAUAAGUGAGCCUUGUGAUUGAUGAGUAUUGUUUUUUUUUUCUCCUUAGGCCAGAGGCAUUGAUGUCCAGCAGGUGUCCCUAGUCAUCAACUAUGACCUGCCGACCAACAGAGAAAACUACAUCCACAGGUAAGACUCAAAUGUUUCUGAAUUAGUUCAAAUUUCUCUUACACUAUGUGUACUACUACAAACGCUCCCAGUUCUAUUUUGGGGUCACACAAAUUUAUUUUAAGGUGCUUGAAUGGCCAAAACAGUCACAAUCUUAAGCCAUGCUUUGAGUCACAAUCUACCAGCCAUUCAAACCAGACUUCAGACUCCAUCAGACCACCUAACUAAAGCACAUAACAAAAUGAGUGUGUGAAUCAGCACAGAACAAAACAUUUUGAGUUGCUUAAACUUAUUAUAUGGACUCUUAAAAAUGGGGUAGGGCUCCCUGGCCUCAUAUCUGACCCGUGGUCCUCAUCCCGCAUGUCACUCUGCUCACUAUGUUUACUGCUCCGUCCUGUCCUCUAAAAAUACAUGCUAUAAAAAGACCCUCCACUGAAUGUCCUUUGCGUCUCCUCCAGGAUUGGUCGGGGAGGUCGUUUUGGCAGAAAGGGAGUAGCCAUCAACAUGAUCACCGAGGACGACCGGCGAACCCUGAGGGACAUCGAGACUUUCUACAACACCACCGUGGAGGAGAUGCCCAUGAACGUGGCCGAUCUGAUCUAGGAGAGCCCUCCCAUUACGCCCUCUGUUCUCCCCACCCCGCUUAUUUUAGACGUCAAACCUUGUUUCUUAUACGAUCUGAUUCUAAGAACUUCUUUUGCUAAAUUCAGCCUCGACUUUACCCCUACAUCAAAAAAAGGAAAGAAGGACGCAGCCACCGCUCCUUCCUUUCUUUUGAAAUAGCUUUGGCCAUGAUUGAAGGAUGAAUUACUGACCUGCUUCACGUAGUCUACCACCACUAUCAGCACCUAAAUUCUCCCUGCAGCUCUCAAACUUUGAUUUGAACUUUUCCACACUGAGAGCUUUUAACAGAGUUCAUAGAGGGGCCAUCCAGUGCAAUACAGAACCGCAUUUCCAAAAAGCACACUGAAAAUUACCCCCCCCAGGUUCAGUCAUGGUGACCGCAAGGAUUGUAGCUCUGGCUGUUAGCUUUACAAUAAAUCACAAAGUCGGCUCAGUUGUGUUAGCGUCGUGCAUGUUAUCAGAGAAACUUGUGAAAUGUGUUGCACUGCCGCUGGAUGAGAGGUUAAAACUGGAGCUCAGUUUGGACUCAUUGAAACGUGCUGCAUUUGACCAGAUCAGUAUUCAAACAACUUUCAGUGUAUUUUACAAACAGCCUUGAACAUCGAUGAUCUUGUUAAGAAGAGCGCUUUGGGGCUAGAGCACACAGGGCAUACUCAAUAAAGAGACCUGUACAGUAAAAACCCAUCAUGAAUGAGUUGUUUACCAUUUUGAUCAUUUUACUGCUGUUUCAUAUUAUAUUAUAUAUAUUUUUAUGGCUAUUGUACAUACUGCUUGGCUUGUGCAGUAGCAUUCAGUGAAGACCGGCCGGUGGCUGAGGAUGUUUGGAGGCAAACUGACGGUGAGUUGGGGGAAACUUUGCCUCUGGACCCUGACGACCUGGUUGGAUUUUCACCUCUAUCUCUGUUCAUUUUAGAUUUUAUUUUUCAGCAAUAUUGGAACCUUUUUUUUUUUUUUUUCUUGAUUUUUCUUUUUUUUUGAUAAGGUGGUGGUAACUCUUUGUAACCUACCUCCCCAAAAUGUCAAGGGAAGGGGGGUGGCUACCUACCUGAAAGGACCAAACUAGAUUUAAGUAUAUAGAGACCUUCACCGCCCUCCCUCCUCUUUAAAGCGCUCUCAUAUUAAAAUGCCUGUCAUCAUGGGGUGUCUGGUGUAGGAGAACUGUUAUGUUUUGGGGUGUAUAGUCAGUGCUAUUUUUUAAAAUGAAUUUACGGACUUGUUAACCUUUUUGAGACAGAAACAGUGUAUCAAGUUUUUUACAUUGGAUUCUGUAUAGUAUUUAUUUUAAUGGUCUUUUAAAAAAAAUAAAGGUUUCUCCUUUUUAACAGUGUAAACUGGCCUCUGAAUUGUUGAGUAGCAUGAUAACUUAAGGCCAAAUCCUGCGUGGAAAGGCUUAUUAAUGGUAAAAAUACAUCAAAUAAAAGGCUCUAUAAAUGACAAUACUGCAGUUUGGGUCCAACCUGGUGUUUCUAUUUUUCUGCCUAAUAAUGGAGGAAAAAUGGGUGAAUAAGUUGGUCUUUCAAAAUCAGAAAAUGAACUUGUGGCUUUUAGGUUAGUAAAAGCAACAGAUGAAAGCAUCCACGUCAUUUCGGUGUUAAAAUUUGGUGUCAUUCACAAUAAAAUACUAUUUCAAGGUCAACUCUGUCACCUA